CGCCCGCACGUGUGUCCACAACCGGGGUGGGAACGUCAGGAGGCUGCGAGCCGGGUACGGGCAACGUGCGUGGGGCAAAGCUGCGCGCGACUCCGCCGCGCCAGUCGUACGCUACCGCCUAUCGGAGCGGGCGCCUUUACGACUGCGUCGCGCAUUUUUACACAUUCGUUUUCGAUUAUUGUAUUAUUACACAACAGUGCUUCCGUUUUUCUAACUUUAUACAAAAUUGAAGGAUUACCAGUGGAUUUGAUGAGAAUUUUUGAGUGGUGAAAAUUUUUUUUGGGAAAGUGUUUUUCUUGUUUGUUGCGGGCGGGCGGAGAGGGCUCGAGCCCGGUGCGCCUGGUCGGUGGAUGGUGCGUGGCGCGCGGGCGCCGGGGCGCGGCCGGCGGCGCCGCUAGCAAAAUGUCGAUACCCCUAGGCCGGGAGACUGUGCUCCCCACUCAGUGCAUGGCGCGCGCUCUGUACGACAACAUAGCGGAGUCGCCCGACGAACUGGCGUUCCGACGUGGCGACCUGCUGACCGUGCUGGAACAGAACACGGGAGGCAGUGAGGGCUGGUGGCUGUGCUCGCUUAGAGGACGCCAGGGAAUAUGUCCUGGCAACCGCUUGCGUAUAGUAGCGGGUGUAUUCGACGCAAGCGCAGCGUUGCAGCGGCGGCGCGCGCGCACCCCCGCGCCUGUUGCGCACCAGCCGCUGCCAUCGCAGCAGUCACCAGCGUUUACUAAGAUAGAAGAAUGCUCACAUUACGAUGUGCCUCGCGCGCCAAUGCCAGUGCAGAGGAUCGGCAACUAUGACUCCCCAAGGCCCAUCGGUGACUGGUAUGACGCACCUCGAGCGCCACGUCCCGCAAGUGCGGACUCAGCUUGCAGCGGCACCGGUUCCCUUACAUCGGCCACAUCCAGUGCCUCGGCCAACUCGGGCAGCUCCGCUCACUCCAGCACGUAUGACGUGCCGCGGUCGCGUGCGUUACCUCUGCCAUGUGACGCAGCGCUGGAAGCUUUGGAGAGGUUGCAGGAGGAAGCGUCAGCGGCAGUAUCACGGCUGCUAUCGUACGUGACGCCAGGUUGGCGGCGGCGCGGUGCGUUGCGGCCGCGCGUGCUGGACGUGCGUGUCGCGGGCGCGCGUUUACGCGCAGCCCUGCAUGACCUUGCCGUGUUCGCGGACGCGACGCUCGCUAACGCGCAUGAUGCGCAAGACAAAGGCAUCGCAGUAAAACUACGGCCCCUAGUAAAAGCCCUAAAAGACGCGGAGCGCAUAACGCACGAAGCGACAUCAGCGUUGGACGCAGGCGACUGGGCGCCCGAGCGGUUAGAACGGGACCGGGAACCCACGGACGGCACGCAAGAUGCUUUAGACCAGUUGGUUGCCUGUGCGAGGUCCUUGACUGAGGAUGUGAGGCGAGCAGCUUCGUUUAUACAUGGGAAUGCGUCGCUACUGUUCAGGCGGUCAGCUGGCACGGUCCCAGAGCACGAAUGGACGGAAGAGUACGACUACGUCCGCCUAGAAACACGCACAGCGGUGGGGCGGCGGAACGCAGAAAUCCGUGCGGCGUUACCUGAUAAACUGCGGGCUUCGUUCGACGCUCUCGUGAGGGACGCUGACCAUGCUGGCGAGGUCAGCGCAGUUGCAGCAGCGACCCGUUUACCCGCCGACGACCGUCAGCUCGCCGCGUUCUACGCUGCGCAAGCGGCGACAUACGGAGCACAUCUCGCCACGGCCGUCGAGGCGUUCCUACGGACUGUCGAGAUGGGGCAACCGCCUGAUGUCUUCCUCGCGCAUGGCAAGUUCGUCGUGCUUAGCGCGCAUCGGAUCGUCCACGUUGGAGAUACGGUUCAUCGGAGCGCCCAACACGCCGGCUUAAAGUCGCGAGCCCUCCGAUGUUCCGACGCGUUAUCAGACGCGCUCGCCGCCACCGUCGCCAAGACAAAAGCAGCAGCGCAACAGUUCCCCUGCGCGAGCGCCGUGGCGGAGAUGGCCGAAGCUGCCCGAACGCUAGCCGCGAGAGCUCAAGAGUUGAGAAGGGUGUUGGUCCGCGCGGCUGACCCGCCGGUUGACACCCCGCUGACCCCCGCGACGGCCGUCGCCCCUCCGCGCCCACCACCCCUCUGACGCCCUGCACGCCACACAACCCUGCUCCGCCUUCAUUGGCAACUCUACAGAUAUAAUAGUGGAACAAUUUUUAAGGAAAUUAAAGCCAGUGAUUGUGAGCUAUUUGGAGUGUACUACGGACGGUUUUUUUAACGUUAGGCUGUGAAAUAUAUCACGUUGGAAGCGUUUUUGUGCUGGAUUAAAGACAAUUAUAAAGCUUAUACAAGUUUUAAUAUAAUCUGCUGCGCAGGUCUUGAUGUUUGAUAUAAUUUCGCCUCUAUUUGAGGUAGAUGGACAUAUACUUAUAUAGUGAACUAAGGUACGGUGCAUAUGGUGUUAAAGUUAAACGCCGGUGCCUAGUUAUGUAAGUAAACUAAAAAGUCAAGGCACAACAUGGAGUUUGAAUACGAAUCAUUACCAAAGAGUCGAGAUAGUACCUACGUAGCUACGAAAUGUAAACGCGACUGCCAUAAUGACGACGAAAUAGUUGUAUUUAAUGUUAGCGUAAAUAUGAUCUACUUACAAUAAAUUAAAGGCUGCCAUUAGUUAUGUAUAGGGUUCCGAUAGUUGCCCUGACAUAGACGCUCAAGAGAAUCCGGUGUGAGGAGAAAAGUUACUAAGUGCAUAAAUAACGUAACGCAGUCGUCUAAACUUGCGAUAAGUCCAGAAGCUAAUAGGCCGGUCCACACAGAGCGAGUAGCACAUGAACAAUGUAGACAUGCCUCGGCGGAGGCAGCACAUGCGUUUCUCUCAGCAGAGCGCGUUGCCUCGGCCAAUGUAGGUUUACAUAGGCCACGUGCGAUCGAAUUUGCGUCUCGACACUGAUCGCUCUGAAUGGGCGCUUAAUGAAGUUUUAUAUUGAGCUUUUUUGAGCUAAGGGGCCAUUGUGAAAUACCCUUUAAAUUUUAAUUUAUGGUAAUUUGUCGUCCAGCUUAUGGUGUUAUCACAUGUUUAGAUAAUCGUUUAUCGAGAAGACUAAGCUGAGGUUUUUUGAACGAAUAGACAUGAAUAUUGGUACUAAUACUAUCGGGAUCCUACUCGGAUCAACGUAGUUUAUAUGCCUCGGCGAAUUUAUUUACCACGGAUGUUAAUAGGGGGUCUACCCAAGAUGACAAUCGUUAUUAGAAGACCUUAAUAGAAAAUUACAUUUUGCAUGGAAAUAGUUCCAUCUAUACUUCGUGAGAUUUCAAGAAAGCCUUCGGUUUUUGGCUGAAAUCGGACUCCGAUUGGUAUUCUGUUCGUUCUAAAAGGUCCUUUUGAAAGCUCAGGCGUACAGUCACCGGCAUAAAUGUGAUGAUUUUUGUACCUUGUCGCUUUUAAUCGUUUGACAAUUUCGUGCGACAUUUCAAACACGAAACUAAAGUGACAAGAUACAAAAAUCAUCACAUUUAUGCCGGUGACUAUACUGUAACUUUUAUGCGUGUGAGAUUUGAUUGCUGAUUUGUAAUUUCAUUUUGUGCAGAAUAGGGGAGACGAUUAAUAAAAACUAUUUAGUCCGUCAGUUAGAUUAGGUAUCAAAAAAAUUUGGACACAUUUUUUUUUCUCGUGAACGAAAAACGGCGACGGGACAGUGCGUUUAAGUUUCGGGUGACGUCACGCCUAGGUACAAUCUUUACUUAAAAGUGACGUCACAAGCCCCCACACUUCGGAACUUUGAUGCUCUAUAUCUUUGUAUUUUUUCAUUAAUUAAUAGAUAAAGCGAAAAAUAUGUGUACUUACAGUAUAUAUGGACGAUCUGACGAACUAAACAUAAUGGCAUUUUUUUAAUGUAGUCGUCAUCCGUCAGUCGAUGUAUGAUUGUAUUGAUUGUCAUCUUGGCUAGCAACCUGUAAGGUUUCAUUGCUGGAUGCUCAUUUGCUGUAGUGAGUUGAGUUUACCGUCCAGAUUUUAUACAAUUUUGCAUCAGCUAGUUACUCGUAGAUUGUACGUGUGAAAGUGUACUUUAUGCCGAGGGCCGAGGGUCAUAUCUUAAUUCGUAUCAUCAUAAAAUAUCAUUGCACAAUUUUACAUCAGUUUUUGAUAUUAUACUACUGGGCCCUUUAUAAAUUUUCAAGCUAUUAGGCUGUAUUUCUACCAGAGAUAUGAGAGGUUGCGUAGUGAUAAGUAAGAAAUAAAUAAAUAAAUAUUGGGGACACCUUACACAGAUCAACUUAGCCCCAAACUAAGCAAAGCUUGUACUAUGAGUGCUAAGCGACGAUAUACAUACUUAAAUAGAUAAAUACAUACAAAUGUAUCUUAUGACGUUAUGAUAGCUAUCUCGCUACUCUUCCUCGAACAUUUCUGGUGAAACGUAGCCUAAAAAGGGUCCUGGUGCUGUUUUAUUGUUGGUGCCAUUUUUAUGUUGGAAGACUUAAUGAUAUCUAGACUAUACGUGAAUAAGACUAUUAUUUGUUCUGAAAGAACAAAAAUGUUCCUGAAACUUGCCUCACGAGUCAACGUGCAAAUACAGGGUGGUAUUGUCUGGCCAUACUCUGAGCGGUCAAUAAAUAAUGUAAACCUGUGUCUCAUACUUUUAAAUUCAUCUCUUUUGCAAGUUAAAAGUAUGAGAUAACAUAUAUCUACAAAACAGUUUUGAGGUUGUCUCUACAUAACCUACAAGUCGGUUCAAGAAAUCUUAGACGAAUGGUACAUACGAACAAACUUUCAUUGUAUAAGUGACAACUAUAUCGCUAUACAAUCAGAGCCGCCAUUUUAUUGGACAAUAUGAUAGACAUUUUCAUUCACUCAGUCGUACCAUCCGUGCCAGCUCUUGUGAGUCUACCUGCUCAUAAAUAUCUCUCAGAGUAUGGCCAGAGCCAGACACCAAAAUCACUUUGUAUAACCAGUAUUUGGUAGCUAAAAUCAAGUGGUAAUGCGAACAAGCAGCCACGUUUAACUAACGCGAUUGACUCACAUCACUAGAAUACGCUCAAACUAUAAAUGUAUUAUGUUAAAUUGACUCCUUAGGAGUCUUAACACUGAAAAACCUGUUCAAUCAGUCAUGUAUUUUUCACAGUAAUUUUGUGUAAUUUCUCUGGUUAAUUUUAAGACAGGUACCCUGUUUUAAGUGUUAAAACUCCUUCGGACUCUAAAGCUUGUCAGAUAGACACGUGGCUCAUACUUAAUCCUUACAAUACUACAAUAGCAUUGUGUAUGUAUGUACGUACCUACUUACAUUUUGUACUUUAUACAUAAACAUACCUACUAGAUAGAAGUAGUAUAUGUAAAAAUGUUGUAAAUUAGCGAUGUGUAAUAUAUUUCAAAUAGGUGUCGUAGUUUAGGUAGAUAUAGAUGGAAAUUGUACAAAUGCAUAUUUAAAAAUAUUAAUUUUAAUAUUGAAUUAUAAUUUAUCAUCAUGUAAAAUGCAAGUAAGUAAAAUAUACAAAUUUUCGUAUCUAAA